GACUACAGGCGUACCACUGUGCCCAGCUAAAUUUUACUCUUUAACUGAUUUUUCAAUGCAUAAAUAAAUGAAUAAGUGGGUCAGUACUUACUGAGGACACAGUUUUCAACCAAACCCUGUAGAUACUCAGGAUGAAUUAAGCAUGGGCCCUGCCUUCAUGGGGCUUAGGGUUUACUCAGCUUUACAGAAAACCCAGAAAUAUCCUAACAAAUGUGGCAACUGAAGAACUUUAUUCCUAAUCCUAAAACUCACUUUCUUUAUUCUCAGAGUAAUGGAUACAGCAUUCUAAUGUCAAAUUAUUGUUUCCAUAUUAUACAAUAAUCUAAUUGUCAAGGCUAAAGUCUGCCUUAAGGAAGGGUAACAAUGGCUUUGUUCUUAUGAUAAUAGAAGAGAUAAAAAGAUUAUUUACAAAGCUACAGGCUGAAAAAUUGGAAGUAGUUUAUGCAAACAACCACCUCAAUUCUUCUCACAGUGAAAUUUAAGUGUUUGUGCAUGCUGAUUUCUGUUAAUAUGGGUCUUUACCAUUUUCAUUCCUCCUUGCAGCUCUGUGAGUUAAGUAUUACUAUUAUUUUUUACAAAUGAGGAGCGUGAGGCCUAGAAAAAUUUAAAAACAUGCAGAGGUGAUAAAAUACUGAGAAAGUUUCACAUUCAGCCAUGUCUGAUGCUUAAUCCUUUUCCUUCUCUUUCCACCAUAGUAUAUGAUCAUGGCAUAUCAUCACUGUUUCUGUUUCCCCUAUAGAAAAUUCAAGAAAAUCAACACACGGAAGGGUAUUCAGACUUUCACUUUUCUUCUUACAUAAUCUCUGAGCAGCCCGUUAUAGGAAAAUGAAGACUGGAGAUUGGAAGAGGCAGAAUGAACACGCUCUAGAUGUAGAAAGAAAAGUUCUAAGCAGAUAGCUGAUCAGCUUCCUUGGGUUUUGCUGAUGACACAAGAGAGCUUUGCCUGAAGAUGGAAACACUGGAGUCAGAACUGACCUGCCCUAUUUGUCUGGAGCUCUUUGAGGACCCUCUUCUACUGCCCUGCGCACACAGCCUCUGCUUCAACUGUGCCCACCGCAUCCUAGUAUCACACUGUGCCACCAACGAGUCCGUGGAGUCCAUCACCGCCUUCCAGUGCCCCACCUGCCGGCAUGUCAUCACCCUCAGCCAGCGAGGUCUAGACGGGCUCAAGCGCAACGUCACCCUACAGAACAUCAUCGACAGGUUCCAGAAAGCAUCAGUGAGCGGGCCCAACUCUCCCAGUGAGACCCGUCGGGAGCGGGCCUUUGACACCAACACCAUGACCUCCGCCGAGAAGGUCCUCUGCCAGUUUUGUGACCAGGAUCCUGCCCAGGACGCUGUGAAGACCUGUGUCACUUGUGAAGUAUCCUACUGUGAUGAGUGCCUGAAAGCCACUCACCCGAAUAAGAAGCCCUUUACAGGCCAUCGUCUGAUUGAGCCAAUUCCGGACUCACACAUCCGGGGGCUGAUGUGCUUGGAGCAUGAGGAUGAGAAGGUGAAUAUGUACUGCGUGACCGAUGACCAGUUAAUCUGUGCCUUGUGUAAACUGGUUGGGCGGCACCGCGAUCAUCAGGUGGCAGCUUUGAGUGAGCGCUAUGACAAAUUGAAGCAAAACUUAGAGAGUAACCUCACCAACCUUAUUAAGAGGAACACAGAACUGGAGACCCUUUUGGCUAAACUCAUCCAAACCUGUCAACAUGUUGAGGUCAAUGCAUCACGUCAAGAAGCCAAAUUGACAGAGGAGUGUGAUCUUCUUAUUGAGAUCAUUCAGCAAAGACGACAAAUUAUUGGAACCAAGAUCAAAGAAGGGAAGGUGAUGAGGCUUCGCAAACUGGCACAACAGAUUGCAAACUGCAAACAGUGCAUUGAGCGGUCGGCAUCACUCAUCUCCCAAGCGGAACACUCUCUGAAGGAGAAUGAUCAUGCGCGUUUCCUACAGACUGCUAAGAAUAUCACCGAGAGAGUCUCCAUGGCAACUGCAUCCUCCCAGGUUCUAAUUCCUGAAAUCAACCUCAAUGACACAUUUGACACCUUUGCCUUAGAUUUUUCCCGAGAGAAGAAAUUGCUAGAAUGUCUGGAUUACCUUACAGCUCCCAACCCUCCCACAAUUAGAGAAGAGCUCUGCACAGCUUCAUAUGACACCAUCACUGUGCAUUGGACCUCCGAUGAUGAAUUCAGUGUGGUCUCCUACGAACUCCAGUACACCAUAUUCACCGGACAAGCCAACGUCGUUAGUCUGUGUAACUCGGCUGAUAGCUGGAUGAUAGUACCCAACAUCAAGCAGAACCACUACACGGUACACGGUCUGCAGAGCGGCACCAAGUACAUCUUCAUGGUCAAGGCCAUCAACCAGGCGGGCAGCCGCAGCAGUGAGCCUGGGAAGUUGAAGACAAACAGCCAACCAUUUAAACUGGAUCCCAAAUCUGCUCAUCGAAAACUGAAGGUGUCCCAUGACAACUUGACAGUAGAACGUGAUGAAUCAUCAUCCAAGAAGAGUCACACGCCUGAACGCUUCACCAGCCAGGGGAGCUAUGGAGUAGCUGGAAAUGUGUUUAUUGAUAGUGGCCGGCAUUAUUGGGAAGUGGUCAUAAGUGGAAGCACAUGGUAUGCUAUUGGUCUUGCUUAUAAAUCAGCCCCGAAGCAUGAAUGGAUUGGGAAGAACUCUGCUUCCUGGGCGCUCUGCCGCUGCAACAAUAACUGGGUGGUGAGACACAAUAGCAAGGAAAUCCCCAUUGAGCCUGCUCCCCACCUCCGGCGCGUGGGCAUCCUGCUGGACUAUGAUAACGGCUCUAUCGCCUUUUAUGAUGCUUUGAACUCCAUCCACCUCUACACCUUCGACGUCGCAUUUGCGCAGCCUGUGUGCCCCACCUUCACCGUGUGGAACAAGUGUCUGACGAUUAUCACUGGGCUUCCUAUCCCAGACCAUUUGGACUGCACAGAGCAACUGCCGUGAGCGUCUGGCCACAUGGAGCAGCUUUCUGGGGAACAAAAAGGUUCAGGCCACUAUUUAGGAGACUGAGAAAGCACAGGCUUCAUGAGUGUAAUGAAAUCUCACCAAAAGUGUCCAGAAAUCGGCUCAGAUAGGGCUCAAAACAGGAGAUUCCUCUCCUUUUACUGUGUCUUGUAUUAAGUACGGGCUUUAAUAAUUUCUUUAAUUUUUUUUUUGUAUUUAGAGGAAAAUCUAUAGAUUAUUUAUAAGAGAAACAUAAUCGGGAUUACAACUUUUAGGAAUUACUUGGUUUUGCACAUUAAGAGGCCCAUAAGUUUAUCAGCUAUUUACAACCUGUAUUUCAUCACAAUCUAUGGGCUUGCAAAAAAACAAAAAAAAAAAAAAAAACUUUUGUAAUUUUGUAUGUUUAUUCAUCUUCUCACCUAACAUCUCAUAAUGAUCCCAUGAUAAGUCUUCUCACCUCGAUGGUGCAUAACAGGAAGUGUCUGAACCUAGUAGGGGAGUAAACAGGCUUUCUUACUCUGGUUUAAUAUGAAGUGUUUUAAUUGUGGUGUCAAAAACUUGUAUCAGAUCAACUAAAAUGGAGAGCAAGACAGAGAAUGAAAAGAAUUGAUUUUGGACCUUGGACCUUGCCGCGGCUAAAUCUUUACCCUCUGAUAGCUGAUGAGAUAAUGUUGGAAAGAAAGGUUCUGAAUCCUUUGGCCGCAUUUUGCCCUGCUUCUCUCAGGGUUAAGGGUUCUGGAAGAACAUUAAGAAUGAGAUUGCAAUUGAAAAUAGUCAUUUUGAAUCCUAUUGAUUAUUCAAAACUUCAGGCUGAUUUGUCUUUUUCGGAGGUAGGAUUCUGUUUUAUGGUAUAAAAUCUACUUUAUCCUUCCUUUUAAUAGUUUCUUUAGACCUGUGACAUCUCUUCACUACGUUUAAUAGUUAUCCUAUUUCCCCCUCCCCCAUAUCAAUUUUCCUUUUGUCUCUGGGGCUGAGUAAAUAAACAUGUUCUGUCACAAAUAGCAGCACCACUUUGGAUUGAUUUUGCUCUCCAGGACAUCAGCACAUGGCCCUGAUCACCACUACCACAUCCAAACAUAAGUCACUGAAAAACACUUAAUAUUUAUGAGUUGGUAAUGACAAGAGACAUUGCAUAAAGUACUAUUUACUAGAUACAUGCCUCAAAAGUUAUUAUAAACAGACCUUUAUUAAACACAUCUUGAAAUAUGUAGAAGUCCCUCUAUAGUCUAGUAUAGUUUACAAUAGAGUUGUAAGACCAAAAAAAAAAAAAAAAUUCAAACUCGUUAUUCAGGAACCUGCUUAUAAAAUGUCAGCUGGCAUUCUUUGCAUGCCAAUCUGAUGCGUUGGAAUGGUCCAUGAAUUAAGGCUUUCUUGAGCAGUUCUUGGACCAGAACUCUGGCAUUGGUUCUACUUUGAUGAAGGGCGUGACCUCUAUAAAUGGUUUAAAUUGCUAAAAUAUUUACCUGGGAUACUGGGUCAGCCAUUUUUACUGAACAGACUAGUGGAUUUAGACAUUGUUUUUAGUUAUUUUGUUUUUAACCAAAUCAACCAACUGUCUCCCUGAAAUAAAUCAAUGAGGUCCUUCCAUCCUCUUCCCUAGCAGACACUCUCCUUUUUCUUAACAGAUAGAUUCUAUAUAUUUACUAUAUUAUUUAUACCCAGAUGAAUAUUUUGAUAGAUACCUAAGACAAUUUCACAUCUAAAAGAUGGACACCUCAAUGGAAAAAAAAAUCUUUCUCUGGAAAUCUUAUGGGUUUUUCUUUUUAUUACAAUAUAAAAGCAAUGUGUGUUUGCCUUCUCUGAAUAAACUGAAAGGGUUGUCUCAGUAAUUUUUACAUACAUUUUGGGUAACUGGAUAAUGGAUAUUUUAAUGCACUUUGUACACUAACAGGUUCUAAAUAAAAGGGUCUAAAACUCAGCUUCUGAGUUUUUAAAAUCAUGGUCUCCAGGUACCAAUAAAUGCUACAGUUUGCCUUAUGAUGUUAACAUAAAACAGUUAGUAGAAGGACAAUAUUUCCAUGAAAAUAAUGUUUUUCAAUAUUAAGAAGUUACUACUCAAAUUUUUACAGUAAGCCAUUUAGGGUAUGUUUUGGCUAUUUUUAUAAGGACAUGAGAGAUUAUGUCAUAAUUUUGUUGUGGAAGUCUCACUCUUGGCUAACUUAAAAGCAUUGUGGAUAGUAGCAGUUACUAGUUCCAGGUUGUUGUAUUUACAGGAAAAUAUGUAUAUGGUGAAAGGCCACCAUGUUUAAUUACUAUAAUGAUGUAGAAAAGAUUCCCAUGUGAUUUUUUUUUGAAAGUCUAAAAUAUGUAUGCUGUAAAAAUUUGCUGCAGUGUAAUUUUGCAUUCUCUUUAAACUAAUUGAGGUCACAGUAUUUUAUUAUUUGAGGUCCUCACCACAGGAAACACUGCGAUACAGGGGCAAAAGAGAUGGCAGUGCCAAUUAAAUUAAUACAACAAAAUCAAUGCAGCACCAACCAAGACUGCCAGGUCUGGUGUCAUGGGGAUGCCCAGAGCCCAGGAGUUCAGAAGGGCCCUAAGCUUGAUUUAAUGCUCUGCUGUUGCUGUCUUGAAAUUCUUAAUGAUUUUUGAACAAGGGGCCUGCAUUUUCACUUUGCACUGGGCCUUGCAAAUUAUGUAGCGAGUGCUCAUAAAAGAACUCAGAAAUGUGGUACCUCUCUUCCUGGUGGAUACAAAUAAAGAAAUCUGGAUCCAAAGUUGAAAGUUGCUGGCAAUAUCAUUCAAGUAGGACUCUAAAUAGUGGAUUAAGAUGAGGGUGGAUUCUUUCCAGCUUUAAACAAAAGUGACUUCAAAAAUUGACUGCAGAUAUUGACGAUGGUUUCUGCUGGAGGAAAAGAAACAGCUUGAAUACAGACAGGCUUUUUUAUUACGGUACUGAUAUAUUGACCUUAAACUUGCUGAGGAACUGAACUAAUGUCCUCCAGUGACCGUGGAAUUCCAUCUCAGCUCCAGGAACAUGCAGAUACCUGCAAAGAGACACGCAUAUAUGCUGGCAUACAUGUGCAUUUGGUGUUGGGAAGUUGACCAUCUGGUCUACCUUAAUAAAAUGGUAAAAAGCACACAAAGACAAUGAUGGGGGCAGGAGGAUGUUUUUGAAAACAGCGCUUCUCAACCAGGGCUCGAUUUUGCCCCCCAGGAGACAUUUGGCAAUGCAAUGGCAACUUUUGGUUGUCGCCGCCGGGGAAGGGAAGCUACCAGCAUCUAGUGCGUAGAGGUCAUGGACGCCAUUAAACAUCCUACAGUGCAAGUGCAGCCUCCGACCACAAAGAGUUGUCUUGCUCAAAUAUCAACAGUGCUGCAGUGUAGAAACUUGAUAGGUGGUUUUCUGUUAAUGCAAAACUCUCAUAAAAACCUUUCACUUUUCCUGUUAUUGACUAUAUGCUUGAUACAUCCAAAAAGAAAAGGGGAGGGGUGCCAAUUCACCUACACUGUGGUGGCUCCUUCACCUUUAAAAAUAUUUAUAAAAUAGUUACAAAAAUCUGAUAUCUGAAAAGCAAUCCAAGCCUGUGUAAAUGGGAAUCACUGAUAAGUAUCAUCAUCUGUAUGAGCUUGGCUUAGACAUGAAAAAUUGAUUUUCUUUAUAUCACUCCUUGCACCUGGACAAAUUCAAUCCCUGGUACUUAAGUCACACUGCCAAGCCCUCGGCCCUGACUAUUGUCUUGAUUGCUGUUGCUUUCUGGUUCAAAAUAAAAUCAUUUUUGUGGCACCAAGA